GCAGUUCUUCCCCCGUCGGUGGCCAGGCCGUUCGCGUGGCUCUGCUUGAGCGGUGGCCCUCGUAGGCAGCUCGCCCGCCUCUUCGUCCUCUCCCGGCCCGCCUCGCGUCCUCCGUGUCACCCACGCGCCCCGCAGAUCCAACGGGCUUCUGCCUGCCGCCCGUCGCCCUCCGCCAUGGCGAUGAGACAGACGCCGCUGACGUGCUCCGGCCACACGCGGCCCGUGGUGGAUUUGGCCUUCAGCGGCAUCACUCCCUACGGCUACUUUCUCAUCAGCGCCUGCAAGGAUGGCAAACCUAUGCUUCGCCAGGGUGACACAGGAGAUUGGAUUGGAACGUUUCUUGGUCACAAGGGAGCUGUGUGGGGUGCCACUUUGAAUAGAGACGCCACUAAAGCAGCUACAGCAGCUGCAGAUUUCACUGCCAAAGUAUGGGAUGGUGUUUCAGGGGAUGAACUAAUCACCUUGGCACACAAGCAUAUUGUCAAAUCUGUGGAUUUUACUCAGGACAGCAAUUACCUGUUGACAGGUGGACAAGAUAAACUGUUGCGUAUCUAUGACUUAAGCAAGCCUGAAGCAGAGCCUCAGAUUGUUAGUGGCCACACAUCUGGUAUUAAAAAAGCUCUGUGGAGCAGUGAUGAUACACAGAUACUUUCAGCAGAUGAUAAAACUGUCAGACUCUGGGACAGAACUACAAUGACAGAAGUCACUGCGAUAAACGUUGCCAUGUCUGUAAGCAGCAUGGAGUAUGUUCCAGAAGGCGAGAUAAUAGUGAUCACCUACGGGAGGACCAUUGCUUUUCAUAGAGCAGAAACGCUGGAACAGAUUAAGGCAUUUGAGGCUCCUGCAACAAUCAAUUCUGCAUCCCUUCACCCAGAGAAAGAGUGUCUAGUUGCAGGUGGUGAAGAUUUUAAACUAUAUAAGUACGAUUAUAAUACUGGCGAAGAACUAGAAUCUUACAAGGGGCACUUUGGACCCAUUCACUGUGUCAGAUUUAGCCCAGAUGGAGAGUUGUAUGCUAGUGGCUCUGAGGAUGGAACGCUAAGACUGUGGCAGACGACAGUAGGGAAAACAUAUGGUCUCUGGAAAUGUGUGAUUCCUGAAGAAGAAGGUGAACUGACGAAACCAAAGGUCAACUUGCCAGGGACUGCAGAGGAAGAACUAGAAGACCUUGGCUCUGAGAACUCGGAUUCCAUCUACAGCACAACUCCUGAAGUUAAGGCUUGAGUUUCGCAGCUGUUAAUGACAACGCAUGGACUUUUUGAGACUAAAGAAAGCAGCGGUAUGCAGCAGCCUCCUGGGUUGCACACUGUGCCCAAGGCAAAGAUGAGCAGUCAUGGAUAAGAAUGUGUUGGAACUGUUUGUCAAGAGAUUUGAGAGUAUUGAAUGGGGCAAGCAGUAAUGGUUUUUUGCGGUCUCCUAGCACCACUGCCUGUUGUAUGUCUGACUGUAACAUGGCAGCUGAGACCGUUUCUCCAACUCCAGUUAACUAAUUGUAGUGUUUAUUACUGAGAAAGGUAAUGGCUUCUAGUAGAGUGUAUUCUCUGAAAAAGUUGGCAAAAGAUGGGGUUAUGUGAUGAAACAACCAAUUAGUUUUUUCUUUUUUUUCUGUUGUGCAUCGCUUCUGAAUGUCUGUUUCAACCAUCUAAAUAAAACACCUCUUCAACAACACUCCUAGGGAAGCUCCUAUAAUGUACAAGCUAACAAAUCUGUUUCCGAACAAUGUUGUGCAUCUUGGAAGUUUUAAUAGGGAAAGGAAGCUAAGACUUGGUGACGGUUUUUGCACGAAAGGUGGCUGAUUGCCCUGCUGCUUGCAGCUUGUAUUCCACCCCUUGUAAACUUUUGUAUUCAAAAGCCCCUCUAAAAUAACAUGUGCAGGAUGCAUGUAUUAUAACUGCCAUGAUUAUACAUAAUGCCUCUGGUGGAAAUUGUUCCUAUAAUUUCUGAAUUUGAAAUAUGUAAAAAUGUAGAUACUGGCACUGUAUUCUCUCUUAAUUUCUAAGUGGUAUCAGCUCAGCCUUUCUACACAACAAAAAUUAGUUUUCUUUCCUGUUUAAAAAUUGUUAUUUUGUGUGUGCCUCAGAUUACUUGUAUGGAAUAAAGUUUUGGUUUAAGGGGUCAUCUGUAUUAACUGGAGAAUAAAUACAAGAAAAGCCA